AUGGCAAACUCCGCCACUCACGAAUCCCAAAUCCAUGCGUCGGCAACAGCGCUGGACUCCUUGACCUCGGCGGCACAGGACCACUCUGUGCCGCCAUUGGAACACAUCCAUGCAGGUGCAGCUGAUCACAAAUCUCACGCCUGGAUCCAAAGAUGGAUUCCAGACUCAGUUCUCAACGAUUACGAAUCGCGUUACCAAAUGGGAAACUACGUCAUUGACAGAAAGACAGGCGAGAAGUCGUUCGAGCAGAUGAGUGUAUAUGUCCGUUUAGGCAUGCAUUUUCUGUACUAUGGGUCGAAACAGGCAGAACUCCUCCAUGUGAAAAGAGUCCAGGAGCUCCUCGAGCAGCAAAGUGUCAAAAUGGGCCGAUCCUACGACUCGCCCGAAUCGAAAGACCACAUCAAGCCGUUUCUCGACAGCUUUGAGCUGUGGGAUACCAUGCAUGAAAUGGUCAAGCCGAACCCAGAGGAUUAUGCCAACUUCAAUGAAUUCUUCUCGCGCGAAAUCCGUCCCGAAGCCAGGCCUAUCCACGAGCCUGACAACGAGCACGUCACGUCAUCUCCUGCAGACUGUCGUUUGACCGCUUUCCCAACAAUCGACCUAGCAACCAAGUACUGGAUCAAAGGCUUUGGCUUCACCCUCGAGAGGCUUUUCGAUGAUGCUGAACUUGCGAAAUACUUUGAUGACGGCAGCCUUGUGAUCGCACGACUUGCACCGCAGGACUAUCAUCGCUGGCAUUCACCUGUGACGGGGACGGUCGACAGCGUCAAGAAGAUUCCUGGCACUUACUACACAGUAAAUCCACAAGCCAUCAAUGAGCCUACCACUCUGGACGUUUUUGCUGAAAACAGGAGGGAUGUCAUGGUUAUGAACCGGACCGCUACUGGGAACAAGGUUGCUGUCGUCGCGGUAGGUGCCAUGCUGGUCGGAAGCAUCAAAUGGAAUUCAGGGAUGGAGGAGCCUGGCCAGGGAAUGAAGAGAGGUGAAUGUCAAGGCGCCUUCCAGUAUGGUGGUAGCUCUGUCAUAGUGGUUUAUCCUAAAGGUGAGGUCGUGCUUGACGCAGACCUGGUGAGAAAUAGUUGUGAGCAUCAGUGUGAGACGUUGAUGAAGGUCGGCUGGCGGGUUGGUGGAAAGCAGCAGUGA